AUUUAAUCCUAGCAUAAAUGAAUAACUACAUGGUUUAUAAAACACAAAGCAAAUUGACUUCAUCACAUCAAGUUUGGAUCUGAAGGACUGAGGUGCCAUACUGACGAAGAUGAAGAAUAUGAUUCCAAUUUGCGCACUGAUGUGUGUGAUAGUCAUGGUUCAUGCUGAUAAAGAAGUGAAAAUAAAAGAAGAAUCUGAGUUUUUCUCAGAACCAGGAAAAAAUAUUUCUUCAAGAUGCCACCAAAAGAAUGAACAAUAUAUACUUAAGGAGCUACCACCGUUUGGCGGCGAUGAACUGGUCUGCGAUUACUACAGAUGUGUCAAUACACGUUACCAGAAAACCAAGUGUCCCCCUGGUAGGGCUGUUGGAAAAAAGUAUUUGGAAAUGGCAAACCAAGGAAUUGCCACUAGUCUAUUUCCCUGUAGCCAGCUUACUAAGGCUUGCGGAGGACUCAGUGAUGUUUCAUUUCGACCAGAUUUAAAGUUUUGUGGCUUUGACCUGAUCUGGGUGGUAGACAUGAGUUGCUCCAUUGCGGAUGAUGACAAAACAAAGGUGGUUGAGUUCAUAAACAAUGUUAUUAAAAAGUUUCAUAUUGGUCCAAUGCAUGUUCUAACCGGUGGUCUCUCUUAUGCAUCAGAGACAAAUGACAUACAGACUCUUAAAGAAGGCAGAAAUAAAGCAAUCACACUUAGAAACUUCGCGAAAAUGGAACAAAAAGAAUGCAAGUGUCGAACAAGGACAGAUUUAGCCCUGAAACAAGUUCGAGAUCAUUACUUCACGAAAGCUGCUGGAGAUAGGCCUGAUUACCAAAAUGUUAUGGUAUUCAUCAGUGAUGGAAUGACAUACAUUUCAAAGCAAGAUGACAAUGAAGCUUUUUCUCAGGAAGCAAUUUGUUAUGGGGUUGACAUCAGGAAAUCAGGAGCGAAAAAUAUUGUGGUAGGGAUGCCGCAUGCAAAAAAGGAUGACUAUGUAGGAAUGGAAGAAUGGAUAGGGAUAAGUGGAGACUCAUCAAGAAUAUAUCUUAUGGAAUCUUUUGAAGAGCUCGCAGAAAAAGUACAAUACAUGGCAGAAAAUAUUUGUCCAUCUUCGGAGCAGUAAAUACAUGCAUUAGUAAGCCUAUCAAUGGUGCCUUUAUAAAAAGGACUCUUGCUACUAACUACAGAAUGUCAACAUGGAUGCUCGGAGCAUCUCACUUAUGAAUAUCUGAAGGCCUUGAGAAACUAAAACUAAUCAAAAAGGAAAUAUGUCAAUGAACUAUGCAUAUGCAUAUGUUUAAAGUAACAAAGUGAAUUGAGUUUUGAAUUCCAUGUAUAUUCCACCAGAAAUGCAAUAAAUGGUUUUGACUAAAGAA